AUGUUACUCAAAGAUAAAUCAGUUUUACUGAUUUUCCUUGUAUUGUUUUCUAUUGCUUCAACAACCGCUCUUGAAGCAGAGAGUAACAAAUGGGGUGAUGAUCUCCGUUCGAAAAACUUGGAAACUGAACUCUCACAACUUGAUUUACUGUUAAGAAUACUCUCCUCCAACCAUGAUGACUUUGCCAAAGAGCUUCACAAUUGGGCCAACACUCAAAAAGAUCAGACCAAUCAACAACAUUCAAAGAUUGCACUAUUGGAGGAAGAAGAAGGUCUUACUGGUUUAAAUAAUCUCCUUGGCCUAUUUUUCGGUGGCAACAAAGAAGAAGAGGUAGUCUCGAACGAACUAGACAAACAACUCGUCAACUGGCUCAUUGAAAACAAAGACUUCCAAAACAAGGAUGUUCUUCAAGAGCAAUUCCUUGCUGGAAUCGUUGGUAAUAUUCUCAACGGUGCAUUCAGUCUUAUUGGUUCAGUUUUGGGUAUCUUCCAACCAAAUCAAGCAGAGGAAUCAAAUGCAUCUGAUCUCACUCGUCAACUCGACAACUGGGCUAAACUAAGUAAGCAGGUCGAGAGAGAAGACAAUUUUGGAUUUAUUGGAUCACUUCUUGGAAGUGUUUUCGGUGGUCUAAGAAACUUGCUUGAAACCCUCGCAGGUGUCAAGCCAAAAUCACCGGAAGCCCAAACCUCGAGCCAAAUCGGUAAAUACAAUCACGAUUUGGAGAGAGCAGAUUUCGAAAUCACCCCAGAAAUUAGAGACAAAAUUCGCCAACUUUUACCAAGAAUCUCCUCAAUCAUCCAAAACAUUUUGGUCAAGUUGCGUGCCAGACCAGCCCAAUCUAAACUCCAAGAAGAUUUAAUUGGUGAACUUCUCAAGGGACUCGGUGCUUUAUUGAGUUCUCUAUUGCAUUUGGGUAAGAAGCCAACCACAGGCGAUAACAAAACAACUUCUCACAAUCCAGCAACUGGUUCAUCCUCUGUCCAUGUUUCUGGUUUGUCUAUUGCUGGACAAUCGUUAGCUCAUGUUUCUGGUGCCUCUGUUGCUCAUGUCUCUGGACUUUCAAUUGCCGGACAAUCAUUGGCCCAUGUUCCAGGUGUAUCUAUUGCCGGAGCAUCGAUUGCACACUUACCAGGAGUCACCGUCGCUCAAGUUACUGCCGGACUUACUACCUCACCCUCUGCCCCAGCUUUGACUGCUGCUCCAACUACUGCUGCCAAAGCAAGAGAAGUAGAGGAAGCACCAUAUGGUAUUCCAGCUCACCGUUCACGUUACGUGCAACAAAAAGAUUCUUUUUCAGAAUUUUUGAAUCAACUUUUGGCAAAUGAUGAGCUAAAUAGCAUUGAUUUUGUUAAUCAUUUACAACAAUGGAGCAACACUCAAGAUGAAACUAGAGAAUCAUCUCCAGACUUUCUCAAUAUUGUCCGUAUAAUCCAGGGUCUCAGUAGCCAAAAGGAGGAUCAAGCCGAAGACUGGACUAAUGCAUUGAGAUCGCUGUUGGGUGAAAACCAAGAGAAUCUCAACGAUUUGGCUCUUGCCAACAAUGCCAAUCACCUCGUCGAUCAUGUCAGUGAAUUGAAGAGCAGCUUUGGAAAGAAUGCUGGUGCCAGUGGAUUCGAGAUAAACAGAGACGAACUCCGUGAGAUCAGAAGCCGUUUAGCUGACAUUUAUGAAAGAUUCCCAAGUCUUGAUAAGGACAAUACCGAUGAAACCAAUGAUGAAUUGCGUAACCAACUCAACUACAUCUAUAAAUUGCAAGAAUUUUUGAUCAAUAGAGAAGCAAGAGCAACUGGUGAUCUAACUGGUCAAUUUGGUGGUGCAUCAAGUGGAUUCUUUAAUUAA